CCGGUCACAUCACUACGCGACGCCGCGCGAACGUAAAAAGUUCGGUUUUUAAAUUCGAACCGGCCAGUUCGAUAGUGCCGUGAUAAUAUUUUUUUGAUUCUGUGGUGAAAUUUGGAUUUGGAACGAAAAUGGAGGGCUGCGGGAUGAGCUGUAUAAAAUAUUUAUUAGUAGUCUUCAAUGGCUUGUUUUUGAUCUUCGGCAUCGUUAUCAUCGCGACAGCAUGCGUGGACAUGGGGAUGAUCAAGGGCUUCACCAGCAUGGAGCCGACUGGGCAUGAGACAGACGCUGUCCUGAUAGCGAUAGGAGUCCUGAUAAUAGUGGUCGCCGCGUUCGGAUGCUUCGGCGCGUGGAAGGAGAGCCCUAAACUGUUGUACAUUUUCGCCGGCUGCCUCAUCAUCAUCAUCCUUCUAGAACUCUCCGUUGGCAUCGCGGCGGCCGCCCUUCGUCCCCAGAUAGAAGGCACCAUGAAAACCCAGCUCCGCGCGUCCUUCAUCAAGAACAAGUCCACGAGGGAGGAGGACUCUACUUACAGGGAGUUCUGGGACCGUGUCCAGAGCAGUUUGGAGUGCUGUGGAGUCACCGGCCCUGACAACUAUGCUGCCUCGGAGCCCCGUCUCAACCCGUCCUUCAGCUGCUGCCCCAACGACGGCACCGACCGAGCUGAUGAAAUCAAGAGAUCUGACUGUCUCACUCUACGCACGUACUACAAAGAGGGAUGCGAAGAUAAAGUGUUGACGACGAUUCACAGCGCUGGCUUGACUGUUAUCGUCUGUGGAAUACUCUUCUGCUUCUUGGAGGUGGCGGGAAUCGUGCUGGCGCUAUGGCUCGCUCACGCCAUAAAAACGCAAGGGAAGAGCCGGGAAACAGCCUAAAUUUAGUGCUAGCUCUAGUGUUGCACACCUCUAAAUAACAUUCUAUUACGCACGUUUAGUUUUAAGCUAGAUGUUGAUUUAUAGUGACGUAAAAUAUUGAAUAUAUACUAUUAUUAGUCUCUGCCUACCCCUCCGGGAAAGAGGCGUGAUUUUAUG